GAUCUAGUCUCGGAGCUUUUUUUGGCGUAUGUCUUUUGGUUGGAACUUGCAUUUUUGUUUUCAAAACGAAAAGAAAACGAGAGGAACUUGAUGAUGAGUUUUCUAUCGCUGAAGUACCGGGGAUGCCUACACGAUUCUCAUAUGAUGAUUUGAAAACCGCGACCAAUGAUUUCAACAAAAAGCUCGGAGAAGGAGGAUUUGGGUCAGUCUUUCAAGGGACAUUAAGUGAUGGCACCGAAGUAGCUGUGAAGCGUCUUUCCGGUUUAAGUCAGAUCAAGAAGUCAUUCUUAGCUGAAGUUCAAACAAUAGGCAGCAUCCACCAUGUCAAUUUGGUGAGAUUGAUCGGAUUUUGAGCUGAAAACUCUAAUAGGCUUUUGGUUUACGAGUACAUGUCCAACGGGUCCUUGGAUAGAUGGAUAUUCAAAAGACAUCAAGAGCUCACUCUUGGGUGGGAAUCCAGAAGGAAGAUCAUCGCAGAUAUAGCCAAGGGAUUAGCCUAUCUCCAUGAGGAAUGCCGACAGAAAAUAUAUCAUUUGGAUAUCAAACCCCAAAACAUCCUCUUGGAUGAAAACUUCAAGGCAAAAGUUUCUGAUUUUGGAUUGGCAAAAUUAAUUGAUAAGGACCAAAGCCAAAUUGUAGCGACGUUGGGGGGAACCCCAGGCUACAUGGCCCCUGAAUGGUUGAGCUCAAUAAUCACAGAGAAAGUAGAUGUCUACAGCUUUGGGGUCGUGGUCUUAGAGAUCUUGUGCGGACGGAAAAAUGUGGAUAGGUCUCUGCCUGAGAAAGAGAUGCAUUUAGUAGCUUUAUUCGAAAGGAAAGGAGAAGAGGGACAACUUUUGGACAUGGUCGACACACAUAAUGCUGAUAUGCAAUUACAUAAAGCAGAAGUGGUGGAGAUGAUGAAGCUUGCUGUGUGGUGUCUACAAAGUGAUUACCAGAGGCGGCCUUCAAUGACAGUGGUGGUUCAGCUCUUGGAGGGCCUCGUUAGUGUUCAAGACAAUUUGGACUAUAACUUCAUAAAUGCUCCAGCAAUAAGGGCAAAGGCAGCUACUGGUGAAGGCAUGGAUGCAAAUAUUCAUGAUGGCACUCCAUUAUUUGCAUUCGAUCUAUCAGGGCCAAGGUGAAGGCAAGUUUCGAGGGUAAAUGACCUUGACAAAUUAAAUAAGUGGUCCUACCGGAAGCUUCUUCUAAGUUGUAAUUUCAUUUUUAAAACAUGUAGUCCAUUUACUUUGUUUUUAUGGUCAGUUGUUUUCCUACAUUUUUAGGUGAACAAGUUCAAAAAUACUUGGACUUGGUCAUUACUGGAUGCAUAUAUUUAGCAACCCAAUGAGUGGAUUUGGAAACCUAAUGUUUCUUCCACUCUUUAUGAUCUAUCAUAAAGCUUCUGCUA